UCUUUCUUUCAAAAAAUCUUUUUACAUGUGGCCCUAAUACUGAGGCUGACAAAUUGAAAUUGUCUUUUGGUCUCGGGACAGGACCAGAGCAAGAGUCUUGACUCAAACUGCUCAAGUGAUGCUUUCCAAAUAACUUCGUGUAAACUUUUCCUUUAAACCCUGUUGAUAUGUCUGUUGUCAUGAACCUGGUAGUGAGUGACCAAGCUCCCAGGGAGCCGUUGCCAUGGCAGACACUCACAACACACUGCGCGCAUGGACAGAUCCUGUUCGACGCUGCGAAUAGCCAACCUAUCCCAGGGUCGUGUUCCGGUCACGUGGUCUGUGAGAGUGACCCUAAAAUGAAGUUGAAUUGCUCCUCCGUCAUAUUAGCGUUGCCGAGGCUGAGCCGGUGAACAACUGCAGCGUUCACACACACACACAUACACACACGGAUUAUUUCCAGAACUUUCUGUCACCUUCAAACCGCGUGGAAAUGUUCAACAGUGUUCUGAGAGACUUUGACGACGACCCGUUCUUCUCGGAGCCGGCCCGGGCUCACAGAGAACACAUGCGGCAGAUGAUGCGGAGCUUCUCUGAGCCUUUUGGUGGAUCCUUACUGCCCAGUAUAAUGGACAGGAGAGGCCACGGUCACAACAUGGCGGAGCAUCCGAGCUCAUCGUUGGCACUGAGAGACGAUUACAGGGACAUGAUGACGAACCCUUUCGGCAUGUUUGACAACGUGAUGGCCAACGUGAGAAACAGGAUGCAGGACAUGCACCGGAGCUUUGAAAACGUGUCCGCAGAUUCAAACAGCCACUCCUUUAGCUCCUCAUCACUCAUGACAUAUUCAAAGUUUGGAGAUGAGCCUCCCAAGGUUUUCCAGGCAACCUCAACGACACGCCGUGCACCUGGAGGGAUCAAAGAGACUCGGCAAGCACUUAAAGACUCUGAGAGCGGCCUGGAGAAGAUGGCAAUCGGUCACCACAUCCAGGACAGAGGACACGUUGUGGAAAAGAAAUACAACAAGAAAACAGGAGACAAGGAGUUCAACCAAGACUUUCAGAACCUGGAUGAAUCUGAAGCAGAGUCUUUUGACGAUGAGUGGCAGCAGGAGCUUUGCAAGUUCCAACCGUCUGCACCCAUGCCUCGUCUAGAAGGAGCCCAGCCCCGUGCUGUUCACUGGGCAGCGCUUACUGCUCCAGAGCAGGCCCACAGAAACCAAUCAAAGGGCAAGACGGAGGGUAAACGCAACCUGAAAGACUCAGCAGAGCAGUAAAACCAUCUGUUCAUUUGCUUAUUAAAUCCUUUCAUGUAUCAUACAGUCACACACACACACUGGUUUCCAUGAUGUCAGAGGACAUUGCAUAGACUUACAUUCAUUUCCUGUAGACUUACUAUAACCUUAACCAUAAUUACUAGUGCCCUAACCCUGACCUUAACCUCAAACCCUAACACUAAAACCAAGCCUUAACACUCAAAAAGCACCUUUUAGGGGUGACAGAACAAUGAGGACCAGCCAAAAUGUCCUCACUCCCUUAGGUUUAUAAGUUUUUUUGGUCUUCACAAAGACACCCCUACAAGAACACAUAUAUACACAGCUAUUCCAUUGACCUAUAUUCAUUUGGACAGCCUAAACAAAGUGUAAUCCAUAACUUUAAACAUAACCACUUCAUAUUAGGACCAGGUUUUGGUCUCCAUUAGGACUGCUGGUCCUAAUUUGGGGAUUAGGCAAAUUGGACACUCUAAAUUGACUGUAGGUGUGAGAGUGAAUGGUUGUUUGUCUCUAUAUGUGUCCCUGUGAUGGACUGGUGAUCUGUCCAUGGUGUCCCCCGCCUUUCACCCUAUGUUAGUUGGGAUUGGCACCAGUGCCACCCGCAACCCUCAUGUGGAGGAUAAAGCAGUAGAAGAUGAAUAAAUUAAUUCAUUUCUCCCAUGGCAUAUUUUGAAUCUUACCAAAAUGCACAUUUGAGUUUAAAAACAUGAUGAUAGACUAGUUUGAUAAGAAAACUAAAACCUAUCAGCACACUGUUCUAUGCUGGAACAUGAACUGUACGAGUAGAACACAUCAUUUAUAACCCCGUGUAAGUAUAAUACUACCACAGUAUGUAUACUUAAUACACCUAUAGAAAUUUAAAGAUCAUUCACAUUUCUAUUGUCGUUGGAACAUAUUUAAAAAUAAACUGAGAGUACAUUAAUGUGAGGCUGGAGUUUAUAGCAUUUAUCAUAAACAGCCAAAACAACAAUGGAUUCAUAGAAUUUUGCUCGUUUCUCACAUAAUGAGCAUAAUAAUGCAAAAUAAUUAUUGACUGUUAGAUGUCCACUAAUGCACUUAGACACUGUCUAAAUUCUCUUUUUGUAAUUAGAUCGUCUACUACCUGAUGUUCUAGGUGCAGUUUUAUGUAUUUUCUCUGCUGUAAUCUUUGUAAAAAGAACAAUAAUAAUAAUAAUAAUACUGUUACCUUUUUAUAUUGUUGCUUUGGAUUCUCUCAUUUUUCAUCCAAUGAUCCGUGCAGUGUACUACAAACUCUUUGACAAGGUGUGGAUUAUUUCCCAUAAUUCAAGAUUUGUUCUUGUAUAUUUUUUCAAGGUGUUAUCUGAAAAUAAAAAAAUGUGAAAAUAUGA